CUGAAAGUCAAAACAAGCGCUGGCUGCGGUAACAGUAGCCCUCGUAGCUUUCUCGGAAAUCGUAUUUGGAAAUACGUUGAAGGUGUUAAACGAUUAUUUUCGCCCCGGCUAACGUAACGUUUGCAGCGACGGUUGACCAUAGCGCCUGUCGGUUUAGCCUAGCUUGAAGUCCAGCAUAGCUUUACGCUACGGUUUACGAGCGGUUGGUGAACAGCAGGUGCACGGGAAUACCACCGCACCUGCCGCCACAGGCUGAGUCACUGCUGGUGAGGAGGAAGGUCUGGAGAGGGAACGAGAGAGGAGGAGGAGGAGGUGGAGGAGGAGGGGGAGAAGAAGAAGAAGAAGGGAGGGAGACAGGGAGAUAAGCCACAACAGGAAGCAAAACGACACACACACACGUACACAACAACAGAGCGUGUUUGUGUGUGUCUGAGAGAGAGACUGUGCGAACGAGAGGGUGAACGGGAAAGGAAGGGAGGGAGAGUGACGCGGAGGCUGGGAGAGCCUGCCCCCCUCCUCUCCUCCUCUCCCUCUCUUUUUCUCCUCUCCUCCUCUCCUCCUGUCCUCUCUCUCUCUCUCUCUCUCUCUCUCUCUCUCUCUCUCUCUCUCUGUGGAGCAGGCGUGUAGCGGCAUCAGACUCGGCGUGAAGGAACCAUGAGCGAUGUCACCAUCGUUAGAGAGGGAUGGCUCCAGAAACGGGGUGAAUAUAUAAAGAACUGGCGACCACGUUACUUCCUGUUGAAGACAGACGGCUCUUUCAUCGGCUACAAAGAGAAACCUCAGGAUGCGGACCUGCCCUACCCCCUAAAUAACUUUUCUGUAGCAAAAUGUCAGCUCAUGAAGACGGAGAGGCCGAAGCCAAAUACCUUCAUCAUACGCUGCCUCCAGUGGACCACAGUCAUCGAGAGGACCUUCCAUGUGGACUCACCUGAUGAGAGAGAUGAGUGGACAGAGGCCAUCCAGAUGGUGGCUGACAAGCUGCAGAGACAAGAGGAGGAAAGGAUCCAGUGCAGCCCCACCUCCAAUAUCGACAACAUGGUUGAGGAGGAGAUGGACAUCUCCACCACACACCACAAACGCAAGACAAUGAGUGACUUCGACUACCUGAAGCUGCUGGGAAAGGGAACCUUUGGCAAAGUGAUUCUUGUCCGAGAAAAGGCCAGCGGGAAAUAUUAUGCCAUGAAAAUCCUUAAAAAAGAAGUCAUCAUAGCCAAGGAUGAAGUGGCUCACACACUCACAGAGAGCAGAGUACUGAAAAAUACCAGACACCCCUUUCUCACUUCAUUGAAGUAUUCAUUCCAGACUAAAGACCGCCUCUGUUUCGUCAUGGAGUAUGUGAAUGGUGGAGAGCUGUUUUUCCAUUUGUCCAGAGAGCGGGUGUUCUCAGAGGAGCGCACGCGCUUCUACGGCGCCGAGAUUGUGUCAGCUCUCGACUAUCUGCAUUCAGCCAAGAUUGUGUACCGGGACCUCAAGUUGGAAAACCUGAUGCUGGAUAAAGAUGGCCAUAUCAAGAUUACUGAUUUUGGCCUCUGCAAGGAGGGCAUCACAGAUGCUGCUACCAUGAAGACCUUCUGUGGCACUCCAGAGUACCUUGCACCUGAGGUCUUGGAGGACAAUGACUAUGGUCGGGCGGUGGACUGGUGGGGUUUGGGUGUGGUGACGUACGAGAUGAUGUGCGGUCGACUGCCAUUCUAUAACCAGGACCACGAGAAGCUGUUUGAGCUCAUCCUCAUGGAGGAAAUCAAGUUCCCGCGCACUCUGUCAGCCGACGCUAAGUCCCUGUUGUCUGGCCUGCUCAUCAAAGACCCCAACAAACGGCUUGGUGGAGGACCAGAUGACGCUAAAGAAAUAAUGAGACACAGUUUCUUCUCUGGCAUUGACUGGCAGGAUGUCUAUGAUAAAAAGCUGUUCCCUCCAUUCAAGCCUCAGGUGACGUCCGAGACAGACACCAGAUACUUUGACGAGGAGUUCACAGCCCAAACCAUCACAAUCACUCCACCAGAGAAAUUUGAUGAGGACGGGAUGGACUGUCUGGACAACGAGAGAAGACCACACUUCCCACAGUUCUCCUACUCGGCCAGUGGGCGGGAAUGAACGGUCCAUCACGGUGACACCAUCACAGCUGGUCUCUGAGGUCAUCAGUCUGGGACAAAAAGACCCACAGCUUUGGACCAACCCAGAACAACAGUGACUUGAAGGAUUUUGCCCUUCUCCUCCAAUCUUUUUCCUCCUCCUCCUCUCUUUUUCACCUCUUCAGUCCGCUUCUCUAUUUAUUUAUUUAUUUUUUUAUUUUUGUGAAUCCCUUUUUACAAAGAACUUUGAGGCAAAAUUACCCUCUAAUCCUGCACUGAACCCCCAGGUGCACCCAGCUGUGAUGUGAUCAGUUACUAUAUAAUGUCCCUUUAAUGACGGGAGCGUCACCGGUGGACUGCUGUGCUUUGACAUGUGUCGGUCUAGCCAAACUCUAAAAACAGACCCUUCUGAUCAAGUUAGGCAACAGAUGAUGAUUUUUUAAGGAGACGUUUUUGUGGCUUCUUAUCUGUAUGAGGGAGAUACAGCGUUUUAAAAUCAUUCAAACCCAAACUGCCAUUACCGGUUGUAUCUCAGGCUUUUGCAAACAGAUCUUCAGACUCAGCAAGACACGCGGGUCUGAUUUCAAAAUCCUCACACAAAUAAUUCUGGGAUUGAUUGAAGCUGCCUGGCAUUGAGGAAACAGUUGUCAUCAGUGAGCAGAAUCCUACACACCUCAUGUUGUCGAGCAGGAUUUGACUCAGGUUUUGCUCAGUGCAAUUCACUAUUAUUGUUGCUGCUAUUUUAACUACCACCACAACUACUACAGGUACAGUACUACUGCUCCUACAACUACUAUACUACUAACACCCGGUGCUACACUACUAGCUUAAUGCUGCAGGUCAUUACACAGGCGCCAGCAACCCAUUGACCACCUGUAUUAACGUUUAUGCUCGUACAGCUGCAGAACAGGUAUUUCUACACCUCUUAAUGUACAGCUGCGACACAUCAACUCUGUAGAUUAAGAUGAUGAAAGGAUGUCGUGUGUGUGUCUGUGUGUGUGUGUGUCUGUGUGUGUGUGUGUGUGUGUGUGUGUGUGUGUGUGUGUGUGUGUGUGUGUGUGUGUGUGUGGCGUGCGUAGCGUGCAUGAAAGGUACUAUUAUGGGUUUAUGUUUAAGAUUGCACCUCAAAGCACAGCAGUUCAGAACGAUGAGGCUCCCAAACCAUGAGCUUUACUACAUUACCCACAAUGCAGUGCAAGGUGGUUGACAUAUCUGCAGAGGUGAAAAAUGAGAGGAAAACGGUUGGUUUGAAUGCCCCCCCCCCAAAAAAAAAAAGUUUUUUAUUUAUUUCUCAACUGCAUUCCCUCUGAGUUUCAGUCUCCUCUGUCACAAAAGGGAAAACAAAACCGAAACGGUACUUUGCGUCAAUGAUUGAAAGCUUUACUGUGACAUAUCGUUAUCAUGGCUUUGGGGACCACACGGCUGUACCUCUCUGUCUUUGUGCAGGAAAGGGAAACUGCAGCAGGAACAGAUUCACCACAGAGUGAAAAGAGAAGUCCAGGAUGGCAGGUUGGGCAUUGUGAUGAGAAGAGAGAGAGCGUACAGGUGAAAAGCUCCAAGAAUGAUACAAUAUGAAAUAUUUAUAAUGUGAUAAUUUAUGACGUAUUGAUGACUGAGGUAACAGCUAAUCUCCUGUUUCCUGUGAGUUUCUUAUGAAAAAAAAGACAUGGUCUGUGAGGCGGUAUGCAUCAACAGUUAUGGGUUUACACCAAUCACAGCAAUGGCUAUAAUAUAUAUGUUCUAUUUAUUGUUCUACUCAUUGGUUUUAUAUUUAACUUUUUCUAUUGUUAUUACAUUAUUCUAGAAAAAAAAGUAUUGUUAUUUCUUAGGGCUGAGAGGAAAAAAAAAGGCACCUCAAGAUACAAAAAUGGCUGAAGAAUGUAGGAGGGAAAGCAGAUAGCCUUCCUGCUCCAUUGUUUAUUUUAAUGAUGUUUUUGUGUUUGUUUGUUUUUUUUUUUUUUUUGUGACCAAAAUGUGACAGGACACAUUAAAGACAGGUGAUAGUUAACUGUGAGCUUUAAGAUUACAAAACAUAGGAAAAGGAGAGGAGUUUAUUUCCUUAAUCACCUUUUCUUCUCCAACUUUAUCCAGAUCAUCCCACAGGUAUUAAGUACGAAGGCUCAUCUCACCUGAUUGGAUACUGACACAAAUGUCCCCCAUAAUUAAUCUUACCACAGGUGUGUUUUGGUGAAGGCCGAGACAGAGUUAAGAUGGAGCGAUGAAGUGGAAGUUGAGCAGAAAGAUGUCAGAAUGUUAAGCAGUAAGGAUGGGAAAAGAUUCAAUAUUAAACUUUAAGUUUGUUGAGACAGACUAGAGGAGAAAGUCGAAAGGGCGGCUUAAGAGUGUUUGGGUGUGAAGUGUGAGUUCGUAAGGUCAGUCUGCGUUCCUGUCAGUUCUUUGGAUUUUAGAUGAGACUCUCGUCUGUCCUUAACACGUCUUGUCAUUUCUCCGGUCUGGACUUAGUUUGUUUGCGGUUGUUUUGUCAUCAUGUCUUCCAGUCUGACCAACAAGAUUUAAAAUCCCCACACUUUCUAUGUCUUCAAACGCCGGGUAAGCCUUACGGUUUAGCUCAGAAUAAGUCAAAAAGCUUGACAUCCAGCAGUCCAAAAAAAAAAAAAAAAAAAAAAAA